AAUCAAGUAAGUGUAACGACUAUCGAUAGUGCUGCACAUCUAUUUUUAUUAAAGAUGAAGAUCUUGAUCUUGGUUCUGUUCGUGUUCGGUGGUACUCUAGCGGAACAGUAUUGCUUUCCUGAAACUUCAACUACGUUUUUACAGGAAUCAUUUCAGUACCAUUUUACGAAGAUUGCUAGCAGCUUGUAUGAUAUUAUGAAGGAAGUGGCUGCUCUUCCGGAUAGCUCAGUUAUAACGGAUGACUCAGCUGCAGCUUCCGGCAACAAAUUCAAAAUCGCAUAUGACUUGUCUGUUGCGGCGCUGACACUCAAGAUUGGAGAAGGACGUAUGAAGGGCAAGACUAGCCACGAAGUAUCCACUUUUAGUACUGAAAAUGGAUAUGAUGUUAAAACUGUACGCAUGGUAGCUAUGUUCACGGAUUCGCAUGAGUAUCAGAUGAACAUAAUCUUUUUUGAUCCGGAAGCCCUGACGGAAGCCACCACCACAAUGUCUUAUACGUAUCCAGUAGACGGAGACAACGCUAAGGGCACGAUGAACGAUUGGUACGUGACGUACACCUUCGACGAGGACGGUCAGUUGGAAGUUUAUCUGAGCGACAGGAAAGAUGGUCUCCUGGCAGAAGAUAGCAAACUAAAGACAACUGACAAAUUUCCCAGUAACGCAUGGAUGUUCUUGAAGACGCAAUUAGAGGACAAUUAUGAUGGAGUGUUCCUGGAGUUGUCUAUGGGCCCGGAUCAUCCAGAUGGCGUAAUCACAUUUCAAUACCCCAUCCCCGGAGACUCUAUUACAACCAGUGACAUCGAAAUUGUCGUGAUGGGAGAAGCUGGAUUCGGUUAUAUCCUGCAACGGGCAAGCUACCCCGGUAGCGCUGCGGUGAUGAUAAAUGGUUAUUCAUUCCCGGAAUGCGUAAACACAGACAACUACAAGUAUACGGAUCUCGUGCAGAGUGAAAAUCCCUACUGUCCUCAACCCAACACCGUCAGAGAGGUUGAAAGUAAAAUGCCUUACGGUAAAUAUCAUACUAAAGAGACGUGUCAAAGCGAUAGAUAUAGCUGUUGGGAUGAUACUCAUAGCACCUGUAAUGCAAAACAAAAUUUAGUUUGUAGUGUGUCGGAAGCUGAUGCGAUUGUAAUGACUACCGAUGAGCACAUAGAUGUGCACGUGGACAACUUUGGACCGUUUGUCGAAAUGGAACUGUCGGAGGGGGAUCUUGACAAAGUUAUCUUCUUGGGGGAAAGACUUGACUUUAUCUGUAAAGACAAAAAUGAUGGAGCUGAAUAUGUGUUCGAGUACGACCCGGAAAACUUCAAUGAUGAGUCUCAGUUUGGAUACGACACCAUCAGUUUCAGCUGCGUCAACGAUUACGCUAAAUUAUACACCGACUUCAAGGCUAUCUUUGAUGCCUUGAAAUGUGUCCCUAAAGCUAAGCCAGAAGAUGAGCCAGAAGAUGAGCCAGAAGAUGAGCCAGAAGAUGAGCCAGAAGAUGAGCCAGAAGAUGAACCAGAAGAUGAGCCAGAAGAUGAGCCAGAAGAUGAGCCAGAAGAUAAGCCAGAAGAUAAGCCAGAAGAUGAGCCAGAAGAUGAGCCAGAAGAUGAGCCAGAAGAUUCGCAAGCUGCUAUCCUUACUAGCAGCUCAGCCAUCAUAAUUUUUCUCCUAGUAGUAGCAUUCUUUUAGAAUUUUCUAUCAAGUGACCUAUUCAAUGAUCGCAGAAUUGAAUACAGAAUAGAUAUUACAAAAGGACACGAACCAGACUCAAUUAGAUUUAGAGCAUAAAAACUGUUAUUAUUAUUAAGGCUUUAUUAGUGAUACAGUUUUGUACAGUUCUAGGUCUUAGAAAGGGGUAGUUCGCAUAUUACGUAAUCACUUAUUGGCCCAUUUUCAACCCCCUCCAAUCCCCCUCCGUAUAAUCAGUUUUACACAUAGCUAUUAGUAUUGUGUCAAAUAAUUACACUAUCGUAAUCAUUUUAUAUUUUAUAAAUUCCAACCCCGGUAUCGGUUCAUUACAUAAUAUUAGGGCUCUGGAUAGAGCAAGCGAGAGGCCUCUGGUUAGAGUAAGUUUUUAUAUAAUUCUGUUGUUAUUGUAUUUCAAUCCACAAUCGCGGUAAAAUUGUUUUAAUGUUUAAUUUCUAAUUUCUUAUUCAUUAUAAUUGUAC